GCAAAACUCGGUCGUAGUUAGCCGUGUUCGAAGGAUCGGUCGGCGAAAGGGGGCCGUAAUCGCGCGAGGACGUAAGCCGCGACCCCCUUGGUGACCACGGGCCCGCGUCGUAAUCGUGAUAAGUUUCGAUCGUGGAAACAUCUCUCUCUCUCUGUCUCUGUCUCUGUCUCUGUCUCUCUGGGGGGAGACGUGACAGAUCGGAGAGCAGAGACACGUUGGUAAAACCACACCAACGUGUGCGGUGGACCGCACGACGACGAUAUAUACAUAUAUAUAUAUAUAUAUAUACAUAGGAUAUAACAUGUAGAGAGGAUGGACGGUGCGACGAUUAAUUUUGGAGAUAAUUAUGUGUGAUCAGUGAGCGACGUCAUCUCGAGAGGAGAGGAGAACGAUCGGUGGUGUAAAUCCGUAAAAAGGGUAAAUUGUGCGCGAGAAAGAAGGGGGGAAAGGGGCGACGAAGGGUGACAAAGUAUAUAUAUAUAUAUAUAUAUACACACACGAUACUAUGCACGAGGUGGUCUGGUAGCAGCGUCGAGCCAGCGAGGAGGAUGAACAGAGUGACGACGGAGGGUUAGGAGUGUGAGAGAGGGUGGACCGGCGGGGGCUUGGUUGGUGUGCUGGUUGUUUUGAGAUGUCAGUGGACCCGUCGAAGGCAACUGCGUCGUCGUUCUCGUCGCCGUCGCCGUCACUGCGCUCGUCGUCAUCAUGAGGAGAUCCUCUUACGUGAAUUACUACGUCCUGUGCCUCGUGUGCUGGAUUCUCCUAGGCAUCACCGGGGUGAGCACAAGAUCCCAUUCGUUAGUGAAGAGGUUCGACGGGAUUUACACGGGGCCGUACUUCGACUCAAACACCCCCACGAACAUCACGGCCCAGCUGGGGAGUCAUGCUUACCUGCCGUGCAAAGUGCGACAGCUCGGUAAUAAAUCGGUGUCGUGGAUCCGAAGAAGGGACUCGCAUAUCCUCUCGGUAGAUAGAACCAUGUUUAUCCCGGACGAAAGGUUUCAAGCGCUUUUCGUAGAUGCGUCGGACACUUGGACCCUGCAGGUUAAGUACGUGCAGGCACGCGACGAAGGCGAGUACGAGUGCCAAAUCUCGACCGACCCGAAGAAGAGUCACAUCAUCAAGCUCAACAUCGUCGUGCCAAAGAUCGAGAUCAUAGGCGACCGCGACAUGUACGUGAAGACCGGAAGUACAGUUGCGAUACGAUGUGUGAUCAAGCAAUCUCUCGAGGGCCCUUUCUACGUUUUCUGGUACCACGAGGGUGAUCGCGUUCUGGACUACCAAUUGAACAAAAUCGACAUCCAGACGAAGAGGAUCGAUCACGACACAAUCAGCAGUCUCCUGAUCCAUAAAGCGAGGCGGGAAGAUUCGGGAAAUUACACUUGCAGUCCGAGCAGUUUGGACAGCGCGAGCGUGCAGCUUCACGUGUUAAAUGGGGAGCAUCCUGCAGCGAUUCAAAGAGGGAUCAGCUCGGCACCGGGUGGUUGUCCGACGUUAUGGUGGCUGGCAGGCGUCGUGACGCUUUAUUCGAGUCAUGGUAGCCGCCUGUUCGUCCUCGCCCUUGUGAUCCUCAUGGUCCUCUACUCGAAGAAUCCAUCUUACUUCGCGCCGGAACGAUAAUCAGAAACGGGAGCUGGACUGUGUCGAAAGAUGAUCGAUUAUCUCCUGCUACGAGACCCGGAAGGCGCCUCGAGGGAACGUUACAUCAAGAGGAGGCGAGGGAAAGUGCACGCUUCUUCGGAAAAAAAGACUUCGUGGCAAGGUGGACGAUGAAGGGAGAGAGAAGUUGAUCGAGGGAACGAUGGAAAACCGCGAGAGAACAGCGCGACGAGAAACUGCGUGUUCACGUUCGAAGAUAACCGAGAGAAAUAUCGAAAUUCUUCAUCCAACCGAAUAAAAUAUAGCCGAAUUUUAUUGUCGAGUUCGUUUGUCGAACAGAAAAAAAAAAUGAUUUCGAAUAAGUGUCGGUUUUCUUCUUCGUUUACGCGGCUCAGUGAUUGAAUUUCGUCGAGAAAUUAAAUGUACAUUCAGAAAGGAGAAAUCUUCACAACGAAGGAUCGAAACUCCUGCUUUUCGAACGACUCGAUCCACUAUCAAUUAUAGGGAUCCGUGAACGACGUCGAUCGCGGGCGUCUCAACGACGAUUCUACUCUGUGAACGUGUUUAUAAGGGAAAUUCAGGAUAACGCACGUGUGUCGAGAUAGUAUGAUCCGGCCGUUAGAAAUUAGGGGUUAAUUAAUCUCGGGGGGAGAUUACCCGUGAUAUCGGUGCGAGUUCUUCACGCGGUAGAAAAGUGGUUACUUAUGGUCGAGCGAUGGACAAAACGAAACGACACGAAGCUUGCGAACACCCUCCCUCUAAUCCUCACCUUCAAAAGCGGGACAACAAGACGAAUUUUUUAUAGGAAUUAUACAUAUAAAAAUAUACGAUCUUCCAAUGUGUAUUUCAAACACGCGCGAUAUAGAACCUUUUAUACCCUCGUUACGCAUCCUCCAUCGUUCUAUAACGAAUCAUUCUAACUGAUCGCUGAAUCGUCAUACGAAAUCAUUGUACAUAUUUGCCUAUAUAAAAAGUAACACCGUCGUGUUAAAUGAUCGUGUAAAAAAGUCUUCAGUAAGCCCGAACGAAGGGACGACUAAUAAGACGCGAAGUUCGAGAGGCGAGCUCCUCCCCUCCUUGUUCAUCAUCCAAAGAUCCGUUGUCAAAGGUGUUUCGCGAUCUUCGUGUCUUUCUCGAGGGAAGCCAAACAGUAACGAAGUCUUCGUGAUCGAUCGGUGAGAUUCUGUCGGGGACAUCGAGAGGGUUUCGUAGUUUAUUUCGCAUCGAGAUUAAGUCGAUGACGAGCGCGUGUGACUCUGAAGAAAAAUGGAAAUAGGGGUUGGGAGUAGGUCGAGGAGUGUCGAGGAGGAAUGGAGAGAGGUCGAGAGAGCGACUGAAAGAAUAUACAAGAUAAUCGCGGGAUGCCGACAGAACUUCGUCCGCGCCGCUUUCGAUAGAAUUGAAACUUGUUCGAUGAAGUUUUUAAAAGCGAUGUGAUUAAUUAUAUUCGACUAGAAUGACGAUUAGCGAAAUGUGUCUAUACUCGACCGUGUACCGUGUACAUUCGAAGAUUGUCUCGAGGAAGGGAUGUAUCUCGACGAUUGUCUUUGAUAGACGAUACGUUGAAAUCAUCCGAUGGCAUGAAGUAUGUGUGAAUGAAUAAUUUUCUCCGUUUUUCCGAAUCUUUUCAUUAAGUCACGAGAACAAUAUCGAAUAAAUGCAAUUACCAUGAAUGUAUGAAACUUUAUUAUAAUCCGAUACAAGGCAAUAAAACAAAAUAUCAUAAUUGUCAACUAACAAUUGAGAUUAAGUGAGAUUUAUAGAAGUCGUAAAUGAAAAGGAAUUAGAAUAUUAAGGUUUCAAAGUAUAACAAUUAGAUUACGAAUUUUUAUGUAAAUGAAAUCAUAUUUUUUACAAGUGAUGUAAAGAUACUUGGCUAGAGUAAACGAGCAAUUGUCAUGUAAUUUAUCUUAAAACUUGAUUAAAAAUAUAUUACAAUUAAGAAAAUU